CUGCUGCUGCUGCUCGGCUCCGCCGCCCGCGCGUUGGGGCUGCCGCCGCCCUCCUACCUCAGCCUCAAGCGCAACCUGCUCAACGUCUACUUUGUGAAACUGGCCUGGGCCUGGACGUUUUGGCUGUUGCUUCCCUUCAUCGGAGUCACCAACUAUUGCCUCACCCGGAACGUGCAGGAUGUUCUGCGGCGCCUCAGUACCCUACUGGUGGGCACUGCUGUCUGGUACAUCUGCACCCAGUUCUUCAUGUACGUUGAGAAUCUCACUGGCAGCUGCUACAAGUCCUCAGCACUAGAUGUGCUGCAUCGGGAGCACCAAAACAAGCAUCAUUGCCACCAGGCUGGUGGCUUCUGGCAUGGCUUCGACAUCUCGGGCCACUCCUUCCUCCUAACAUACUGCGCCCUAAUGAUUGUGGAGGAGAUGGCUGUGCUGGAAGUCCUGAACACAGACCAGAGCUCUAGAUUGCAUGGUGUGGUCAAUGCCCUCUUUGUUGCCUUGAGCUUUCUGGUCGCUAUUUGGGUCUUGAUGUUUUUGAGCACUGCUGUAUAUUUCCAUGACUUCUCCCACAAAUUGCUUGGCACACUAGUGGGCCUGUCGGCCUGGUAUGGGACAUACAGAUUCUGGUACUUGAAACCUGUGUCUCCUGGACUUCCUCCCCAGAAUACUUGCUUGAGUUCAAAGAAGUCCAGUUAUAGCAGAUAAAAAAAAAAAAAAAAAUUCUGUUUCCUAUUUUGUUUUAAAUACAGGAUUGGCUAUGAUUUUUUUUUUUUUUUAUAGGAAGGAAUGUAUUAAGGGGAGGGGAAUUAAAAAACCAGAUGUCGUAGUUUGAUGGUCCCCGGAUGGUUACAGUCCAGUUCCUGGAGUCACAGACUGCCACCCAGGAAUAGGAGUAACUGUCCAGGUAAUGGGUGAUCUUGGCAAAAAAAUCAGCCACAGAGUGCCCUUUUCCCUUCUUCAGGGUUCCACCAGGACAAUCAAGUGUAUUGGCAAGAUGUGGUAGGGGAAGCUUACAUUGCUGCUACCUUUGCUGUACCUGUUCUGUGGAGAAACAGGGAAGAUUAAAGAUUGACAGACAGCCCCUUUUCCCUCCCUCCCUCCAUUGUUUUUUUUAAGACAGAAGAUUUUAACAAGGUCCAAAUCUCGAGCUAACUUUAAUUGCUGAAUUUUUGUUUUAACUCUCCACUUCUAAUCUUUCCAGUUGUGCCAGAGGCAGUGCAAAGCUGCUAACUAUUGCAACAAACGUGUAGUUGGCAAGAAUACUUUAACAAGGAGAAUGCAGCUCCGUUGCAAAACUGCAGCACCUGUAAGUGUACAGUCUUUCCAUAAAUUCUUACCAGCCCUUGCUGCUAGAGUAAUUUUUGUUUUUGAGGCCCGACGUCUUACACUAGUUCUUAAAUGUAAAUUUUCUGUCUCCUGUCAACCUUUUAAAAUGAAAGGCCCAAAAUGAGUUUUAUCUCAUUAGAUAGCUUAUUUUUUCCUUAAAUAAUGGUGGGUUUUUUGCUCUUUAUUCAUAACACUAAUUAAAAAAAAUCAGAAGCCAUAAUGAGAGAACUCCUUCAGGUACUGUUAAUGUCUUAAAUUACUUCAUUUCUUGUACAAAAGUUUGGGAGCAAUUUUAGACAUUUAUUCAGCUUCUGUACUUGCAACUGAAAUACCGUUUUAUGUGUUCUUUUUGGAGGUGCAAUGAAGUUCUGAAGGUCAGGUAACAAGCAUGCUAACUGAUUUUUGCACUGACUUGAAUCAGUAUUUUAUUGUUCUUGAUAACUAUAUAGAGCACAGGAUUGUUUUUUCCAAGGUUAUUAUAGUAAUAUGCAUACAGAUAUUUAUUCGUGUCCUGUCAGUAUCAGUAAGCUCUUUCAUUUUGAAUGCACGUUAAAUGUUGUUUAUUGCUGAUGUGGCAAAACCUGUGGCUAGUAAAACCCAAUUACAUUAUAGAAAGCACAGAUAUACAUUGAGUUGGACACUAAGGGUAUUUUUUAACCAGUACUUUUAAUUGUUUUAUGAAAGGCCUAUUUGUGUUAGGAACAAACAAAAUAAGUUUUUCAGCUGUAACAGCAUGUCCAACAUGCUACCAAACAGCCUUUGUCUCAGCUAAAAUUUAGAUAUUUGUAGUAGUAUGAUAAUGGACCUAAAUUUUCUUCAGACCUCAAUUCUGAGUGGAGUGUUUUGCUGCCUUUUAGAACAAGGUGAUCCAUAACCUAAUCUGGGUAUAUAUCAUAUUGCCAUUUCAAUUUCCUGGCCAAAGAGAGGGGUAGGUUCACAAACACUAACACCUUAAUAUUUCAUUUGGGGCCUGUUCCUAUGAAUUGCUGAAUUCCUAUUGAUUUCAUUGGUAACUAAAAAUUACUUAGGUACUCCAAGAAGGUACAGACAUGAGAAUCAGGCUGUCUUAUGAGAUCCCUGUAAAUAGGUGUAAAGUACAGAUUUGUAUUUUGACUUCAUUUUGGCUGCUGACAGACGUGAAACCCCAGAACAGUGCUUUACCAGAAGAGGCAUUGUAUCAGUAUGACCUAGCUCGCCCAACGUCUGUAUAGAUCACAUGCUU